CUGAUGCCUAAUUACAACUUCUCUUUCUUUCUUUUUGGCUGCUUAAACUCAUUUAUCUAAAGAAGGCCUAAAUACAAGUCUGUGGAUCAAUUAAAACUUAAAAGUUUUUGAAUUCUGAUCUGGGAUUUCAGUGAACUAAGUAUUAGGGGGUAUCCGAUUUCGGUGUGUGUGCUUGGAUUGGAGCCGAGAAUGCCACAGGACUUGUCGUCCGACCACGACCCAGACGAUUCAGACACCGAGUUCAUUGAGGUUGAUCCCUCUGGUCGAUAUGGUCGGUACAAAGAGGUUCUAGGUAGAGGAGCUUUCAAGAAAGUAUAUCGAGCAUUUGAUGAAUUGGAAGGAAUUGAAGUAGCUUGGAAUCAGGUUAAGGUGGCAGAUAUAUUACGGAACUCUGAAGAUUUGGAGCGUCUAUAUUCAGAAGUUCAUUUACUCAAGACUUUGAAGCACAAGAACAUAAUUAAGUUUUACUACUCAUGGGUCGACACAAAAAAUGAGAGCAUUAACUUCAUUACUGAGAUUUUCACUUCUGGAACAUUGCGGCAAUACCGAAAGAAACAUAAAUAUGUUGAUUUGAGAGCUAUGAAGAAAUGGUCUAGGCAGAUUCUAGAGGGCCUUCAGUACCUUCACAGUCAUGACCCACCAGUUAUUCAUCGAGAUUUGAAGUGUGAUAACAUACUUGUCAAUGGAAAUCAAGGUGAGGUGAAAAUUGGUGACUUAGGCCUGGCUGCCAUUCUUCGCCAGGCUCGUUCAGCUCAUAGUGUCAUUGGUACUCCGGAGUUCAUGGCACCAGAGCUUUAUGAAGAGGAAUACAAUGAGCUUGUAGAUAUUUAUGCUUUUGGCAUGUGCUUGUUAGAGUUGGUCACCUUCGAGUACCCUUAUGUUGAGUGUGCCAAUGCAGCUCAAAUAUACAAGAAAGUGACAUCAGGAAUAAAGCCAGCAUCAUUGGCAAAAGUGACAGACCCUUCAGUUAGAGCAUUUAUAGAAAAAUGUAUUGCAAAAGCCUCUGAACGCUUGCCAGCCAAGGAACUUCUAAUGGAUCCUUUUCUCCGAUCAGAUGAGGAUUAUGAAAGUAUAGGGCGUUCUCUAAGUCUUAGAACCCGCCAUUCAAGUAAGUUUCAGUAUUUUCUACAGAUAUCAAAGGCCUUUAUGUUAUUGUCCUCACAUUUUGACAUGUCAAACACAGAAGGCAGUUUUGAUCAGAUUGAUAUUGGUGAAAAUGCUAAGGAUUCAUCUCCUGAGAUUAGUAGAGAUUUCACAGUUCAAGGUCAGAGGAGAGAUGUUCACACAAUAUUUCUGAAACUACGAAUUGCGGACUCCUCAGGUCAUUAUCGCCAUAUCCACUUCCCAUUUGAUAUUGAGGAAGACACUGCAGUUGCUGUUGCUAGUGAAAUGGUCGAGGAGUUGGACCUGAGUGAUCAAGAUGUUUCAACGAUUGCUGAAAUGAUUGAUGCAGAAAUCCGGUCCCAUAUUUCAGAUUGGGCGUCAAAAGAACUCCCUGAAGAUAGUUUUACUGGAGAGGUUGUAAGUUCUGAGAGCAGUGCAUCUGAAGCCAAGGAAGAUGGCUCUCCCUUCCUGAGUGAGUCUACCCUUGCUGCUGGCAAUCUUGCAUUGGAAAGAUUUCCUUCAGGUCGUAAGUAUUGGUCUGACUCACCAAAGGCAUUUGGUGGAAGCUCUCCAGCAAAGUCUAGCCCCUCACACUUGUCUUUUCAGGUGGAUUCGGUUGCUGCCGGAUCUAGCUCAACUGGAGAUAAUGAAAACUCUCCUGAUUCCCAUGAAGACACAGAAAAUCAAUGUUUUGAUGCUUUGCAUGAAGAGUCUGAGGAUGAGCGUGUUUCUGAUGAUGACAAUAAUAGUGAAGAGAAGGAAGCUAGUCUGCCUGUUGAUCUGCACCUUGGCGACAACAGUAGUGCAGCUGCAGAUCUACAUUCUAGCAACGGAGGUCAUCCUUUGGAAGACAACUAUCUUGAAUCAGAAGAUGUCAAGAUAAUCGCUGAGAAACUUGAGACUCUGUUAACGAAGCAGCAAGACGAGUUAAACGAGUUAAAGAGGAAGCAUGAACUGGCCAUAUCAGAUCUUUUGACAAGACUAUCUCCAGAGAUCCGUCAAAAGGUUUUAAAUAUGUGUAAAGAAAAAAUACCUGACUAUGUAAGGCAGAGUGAGACACAAUGCUAAACUUAGCAUUUUAAGACAGACCCUAUACAAAUUGAAAGUGGUGUUUCUCACAUCUUCUACUUGCCACUGAUUAGAAGUUUAGAAUAUAUCACUAACUUUUCCAGAUUAGAGAAACAGUUUUACUCAUGUUGGACGGGCUGAAGAUGUUUUGUACCCAAUGCACAAAGCUCCUACUUUUGCUUAAAGCUCAAUAAUCUUUCAUAUGUUGACAUAUAUACAGUUGGGAAACAUAAGUUUGUAGCUGCAAAUCAUGCUGCUGGAUGUGUUUAAUAGAGAGUUCUUCUGUUUUAAGGGGAAUGCCAAAUAAGACAUGGGUGAUUGGUGUUGUAUGGAGAGACAUGCGGCAAAGAGUUAUUGACUCAGAGAGUCAUGCUUGUUGAAGAAAUUUACUUUUCUAGAGUGGCUCAUGAUGGGGCAAGCACAAAGAUUGAAUCCAGCACAUUCUUCAUUUCGCACACAUCAAGCAAUGCUGCUGAACUGAGACAGGUCUGAUAAAUAAUCUGUGUAUUAUAAAUCUGCACAUUUCGCACACAUCAAGCAAUGCUGCUGAGCUGAGACAGGUCUGAUAAAUAAUCUGUGUAUUAUAAAUCUGCACAUUCUUGAAGAUUUACACAUCAUCAUACUAAUAGUUUCAUAAGGGUAAUCAAAAUUUGUGGAUUGUAUACUUGUACAUACAAUUCCUUUACUUUGUUUCAAUUAUUUUGUUUGGAUUUCUCCAGAAUCUGUCAGUUUAGAUCAUUUAAACGUUUUGGGGUUACUUGUUCAUGAUUCACUGAACUGUCAAAAUAAUGUUAUGGAAAUGCUUGGUCUUGAUAUCUUUGUCAA